AUGUCACCGGUGCCGCUCAUCAUAGACCCAACCUCCUCUCUUCUUUUCGGGCCGGAGGUGGUCAUCCUCGAUGCCUCAUGGCUAUACGACCCCAGCCCACCAACGCGCAACGCAUAUGAAGAGUUCAUCGCGGGGCCUCGUUUCCCAAAUGCGCGUUUUUGGGACCUGGACGCCGUGUCCGAACCUCAUCCCGAUGGAUAUGUCUUAAUGCUGUCGUCACCCGAGCGAUUCGCAGCUUUUGCAGGGAAACAUGGUAUUGCAAAGAGCUCCCAUGUUGUGGUGUACGAUAGUGAAGGUAUCUUCUCCGCUCCACGGACCGCAUGGACCUUCAAGAUUUAUGGACAUGAGAAGGUGUCGGUGAUUAAUGGCGGUCUGCCGCGGGCAAAGAAGGAGGGUAUCAAGCUAGAGACUGGACCACCUUCAAAUUUCGAAGAAACUCAAUAUCCGAUCCCUACCGUGGAGCGGGAUGCUGUUGUUCAGUUCGACGAAGUUCUGAGACUCGCACAGCGAUCAUCACCCUCCACUGAUAACACAUUCUUAAUCGAUGCAAGACCUGCACCAUCCUAUGAGGACGGCCAUAUACCCUCAUCUCUCCUUCUAGACUUUCCCUCUUCUCUUCUGAACGAUUCGGCAAAUUUCACAUAUCUUCGAGAGCCGGAAGAGUUGAAGAAACAUAUUUCCCAACAGCUUGGGCAAGAUAAACUCAAUCAGAUUGUCUCAGGAACAGUUACGGUCGUUAAUAGUGAGUUAUCCCCGCUGUUGAAACCCCUUUCAGCAUUGGUAAAACCCAAAAACUAA